CGAGAUUGGGCCCGUCAAGGCUCUUCUCGCGAGACUUGCGCCGGAAGGCGGGCCUCCGGGGGGACACUCUCGCGGUGCUUGGCGGCCCAGCCGCCGUCAUGGCCGCCGCGGAGGGGAGCUUGGUGCCGGAGGGCCGGGCCAGCCUGGCCGCCUUCCUGCUCGGGGCGUCGGUGGCGGCGCUGCCGCUGCUGCUGCCGGCGCCCGCCGCGCUGCUGGCCGGGCCCGGGCUCCAGGGCCGCGCGGCGCUGGCGCUGCACGUGGCGGGGAGCACCGCGCUGCUGCGGCGGCUCUACCGGCCGCCGCUCUUCCAGAUCGCGGUCCGGGCCUGCCUCCUGGGCUUCGCCUGCGGGUGCGGCUUGCUGCUGAGUUUCGGGCGCUCCUCCUGGGAGCACUUCGGCUGGUAUAUGUGUUCCUUGUCACUGUUCCAUUAUUCUGAGUAUUUGGUGACAGCGAUCAAUAAUCCCAGAAGUUUGUCCUUGGACUCUUUCCUCCUAAACCACAGUUUUGAGUAUACUCUAGCUGCUCUCUCUUCUUGGAUAGAAUUCACAGUUGAAAAAAUCAUUUAUCCAGAAAUGAAGCAAAUCACCUGGCUCAGUACAGUAGGGUUAUUGAUGGUGAUCUUUGGGGAUUGUCUGAGGAAAGCUGCCAUGCUCACAGCUGGCUCCAACUUCAACCAUAUUGUUCAGAAUGAGAAAUCGGAUACUCAUACUUUGGUGACAAGUGGGGUGUAUGGGUGGUUCCGGCACCCGUCUUACGUGGGAUGGUUUUACUGGAGUAUUGGAACACAGGUCUUACUCUGUAAUCCCGUCUGUGUUGUUGGCUACACUUUAGCAUCCUGGAGAUUCUUCAGAGAGCGAAUAGAAGAGGAGGAGUUUACGUUAAUUCACUUCUUUGGAGCGGAGUACCUGGAGUAUAAAAAGAAAGUGCCAUCAGGUCUGCCUUUUAUCAAGGGAGUUAAAGUGGAACUGUAACACGUGAAAAAUCAGACUCCCUGAGCGAACAUCCAGCUCCAGGCAUCAUAUGGAAAGGAACUAUGCAUAGCACUAUAUCGUGACACGUUUAGGAGUAGCCAGUCUUUGUUUACUGAUCAUCCAUUGGAAACUCAUUAAAGGCUAGGCAGCUGGAACACCUUGCACAUAAACUAGAAGCUCAGUCAAGAUAGGAGUCCUUCCUAGAUGCAUAGAGGGAUCUUCUGGAUUAUUUAAUCUAUAGUGAUCCUAAAAUGAAGCAUAAUGCUUGUGAAAAGAUGGCUCACUCUACCUACAACAGCUGAGUUGUACUGAAACAUGUUAACAGAUUCUGUUGAAGAACGAGCUAUGCACUUCCUAGUAACAACCAUUGCACUAGAAGGGUGCUGGUUGGAAGAUCAUAUUUCUAUGGUGAAACUUUAAAAUUAAAGCUUUUUGCCCUUAAAAAAGCUAAACAGCACAGCUUUAACCUCUCUGGACCUGACUCCACAGGUCUGCAGUGUGUGGAACUCCCACUGAAGUCAGUGUGGUAAUAUCCUGUUUGGAGGGCUUUCAGAACCCCGCCCCUUUAUUUCUGUCUUUUUUUAAAUGCAUGAAUUUACAUACCGUUUUGGGGAUAUGCUUACCUGAAAGACUGGCAGUGCGGCACAAAGCACUGUCUCCUAAUAUAAUGUUAAUAGGGGGCUCUUUCAAUAUUCAAACUUUCUUAAAUCACAAAUAAUCUUUCAUUAAACACCAUGAAAGCUCAGAUUGAAAACUUAA